UUGGCGUGGCGAGUGCUCCGUUUUUUUUCUCCCCCCCUUUAUCUCACAGUUCCAGUCUUGAGAGGCCAGGUUUCAGUGAUCACGGUGCCUACCUGGACUGGGGAAGUUGUGUGUGACGGUGUGUGGCUGGGAAGACAUGCCGAAUGUGGAACCAGUUUGUCUGCUUUGGGGAGAGUAUGCUUUCGCUGACGUGAGGCACGGUGUAGGCAGUCUUACAGGAGUAAACGGCAGGGACCGAUAACAUUGUGUCGCAACUCUCUCAUAUUGACGGUUAAACUCUUCAAUGGCUGAAUAACAAGAACAAACACAGUCAAACUACCCCAAUGGAGCCAAAGGUUUAAACAGAAGAACUUUUCAUUAAAGGCUGCUGUGAAAACACCAGAAGGAUCAUGCCUGGUCACCGUAGGGGAAGGAGCUUCUCUGAGGGGCUAAUGCUGGAGGAAUCAGAAAAGGGAGGAUUGGUCGUCUCCAGCGUUAUCGGUGGCUCCUCUGGCAAUCAGGGGCUCAAAGAAGGAGAUGAAAUUGUGGGUGCCACAAUCAACUUUGACCAACUUUCGAAAGACGAUGUGUUGAAAAUACUGAAGCUGAUGGCUGAUAAUGGAUUUGAUGAGAAGGUUCAAGUUCUGACGAAAAAUAAUUUGAGCAAGAGUAUGGGGACCUUGGACAGCAUCAAAGCACCAGAGGAGAUGCUGAAGGAUUCAUAUAGUAGACUCUACAAUGCCAAAAUAAAUAGGUUCAUGAAGGAUGACAGCCCUGGACAACCUGCAGGUGCUAGGAAAAGAGGCUCCCAUAAAGGACAGGUUAAGGGCAAGGGACCGAGACCUGUCUGGGACAAACCUAAAGUUAAAGGUGACCUCAAACCCCCUGUCCUCACCAUGGAUUACCCAGUUGUGGAGACACCCAAAGUAGAUGCUCCUACCUACCUAGAGUCUCCAGACCUCAAAUUCUCUGCUCCAAAGUUAGAGGUGCCUAAACUUGAUGUCAAAGGCGUGGUACCUGAUGCUCGCGGUGGAGAACUUUCAUUGCCUAAUGCCAACAUUAGUACAUCAGAUCUCUCCCUGCCUCGUUUAAAUGGGUCACUUAACAUUGAUGCUCCAGCAGUUAACCUGAAAAGGCCAUAUCUUGAAACUGAUAUAGAUGCUAUUGAUGCUCCAGAAUUUGAUAUGUCUUUGCCCGACGUUGACCUCAAACACCCUGAUCUUGACCUGAAAGUUAUAGAUCCACUUCCCAAAGUUGUAGGAGAUAUCAAUGUCCCGGAAGCAGAGCUCAAUCUACCAGAGGGGGUUGUCACUGCACCUACUUUAAAUAUCAAUGCCCCAAAGCUUCAUAUUGAAAGAACAGGCAAAAUGUUCAAAAUGCCCAGAUUUAAGAUGCCUGACUUGGGUCUCUCUGGACCCAGUGUAAAUGUACCCAACCUUGAGGUUGAUACACCAAAUAUGAGGAUCCCAGAUAAAGAUAUGCCAGGAGUUAAUCUCAAAGGUCCCCAACUAGACCUACAAGCAGCAGAUGGUAAUCUCAAAGGUCCUAAUCUAGACCUGCAAGCCCCAGAUGUCAGCAUGGUGAAUAUGCCUUCAAGUAAAAUCAGAGUCCGGUCCUCCAAGAAACUGAAAAACCCAAACCUUGAUGUGGAUGAUCCCUCUGGUUUUUUUGAAUUGCCUAAGGUUAGGCUCUCUCGCAGAGUACCAAAAGGACCAGAUUUAGACAUUGAUACAGUUUUAAAGACUGCAGACAUGCAUCUUAAAACCUCUUUGAUUGGUGCUCCUGACCUGAAUGUCCCUGAUGUAGAUUUACCUUCAGUAGACCUUAAAGGUUCCAAAAUAGAUCUAGAAUUGCAAGAUGCAAACAUUGGUAUCCCAUCUGGGAAGAUCAAAAAAACAAAUCUUGGUAUGCCUGACUUUGAUAUAUCUGGACCAAGAGUUAGGACUCCAGACCUGGACCUCUCAGCGGAUGAAAUGUGUCUAUCAGACGUCUGUUUGCCUGACCUCAGUACUCCAGAUAUUGGCAUACCCUCAGGUAAAUUCAAACUAACGAAACCGCAUGCAGAACUCAAAGCUCCUGAUUUCGAUGUGGAUGCCCCCUCUGGUAAACUGAAGAUGCCCAAAUUUGGCUUCUCUGGCCUAAAAAGACCAGAUCUGGGCAUUGAUGCUGAUGUAAAAACACCAAAGCUAAGUCUCAAAGCUCCCAAGAUAAAAGGUGGACUUGAUGCACCUGACUUGAACUUACCCAAAGUCGACCUGAAAGCACCUAAGUUAGAUGUAAACACUCCAAAUAUUGACAUUGAUGCACCCUCAUUAAAAUUCAAAAUGCCAAAGUUUAAGAUGUCUAAAUUUGCCCUUUCGGGCCCUAAAGGGCCAGAGGUUGGCAUUGAUGGAGAGUUGGAUGGACCAGACCUGAGCUUAUCAUCUUCCAAAUUAAAACAGCCAGAUGUGGAUGUUGGUAGCUCAUCUGGAAAAUUCAAGAUGCCAAGUUUUAAAAUGCCAGACUUUGGCUUCUCAGGCCCAGAUGUUCAAGGGCCUGACUUUGAGGUAAAGAAUCCAGACUUGGAUCUUUCAGCCCCCAAGUUUAAAGGGGGGAUUAGUCACCCUGAUUUGAAUCUGCCAGAUGUAGACCUCAAAGGCCCCAAAUUAGACUUUAAUGCACCAAAUGUAAACUGUAAUAUGCCCUCAGGUAAUGUCAAAGUACCUACAUUGAAUAAACCAAAGGUUAAUCUGAAUGCUCCUGAUCUGGACAUUGAUGGCCCCUCUGGUAAACUGAAAAUGCCCAAAUUUGGGCUGUCUGGUAAAAUGCCAAAAUCCACAAAACUGAAUCUCAAAGCCCCAAAGCUAAAGGGGGGAAUUGAUUCCCCAGAAUUGAAUUUUCCAGAUGCUGAUCUCAAAGCCCCUAAACUAGAUGUAAACACCCCAGAUCUUGACAUCGGUGCACCCAUUGGGAAAUUCAAAAUGCCCACAUUUAAAAUGCCUAAAUUCAGAGGCCUAAAGGGACCAGAUGUUGACAUAGAUGGAGACUUAGAGGGCCCAGAUAUAGAUAUCAAUGCCCCCGCAGCUAACCUCAAAGGUCCCAAAACAGGUCUAAAAAUGCCAGAUUUGAAGAUGCCUGAUUUUGGGCUAUCUGGGCCAAAUGUAGAUGAACCUGACUAUGACUUACCUGAUAUUGGCCUCUCAGCCCCAAAGUUAAAAGGGGGAAUCAGUCCCCCUGAUUUAAGACUACCUAAGGGUCAUCUCAAAGGGCCUAAACUAGAUCUCAAUGCUCCAGAUUGUGAUGUUGAUGCUCCCUCUGGUAAACUGAAAAUGCCCAAAUUUGGGCUCUCUGGUACAAUGCCAAAAUCUCCAAACUUGAGGCUCAAAGCUCCAAAGAUGAAGGGGGGAAUUGAUUUUCCAGACCUGAAUUUCCCAGAUGCUGACCUCAAAGCCCCUAAACUAGAUGUGAAUGCUCCAGAUCUUGACAUCAAUGCACCCUCAGGGAAAUUCAAAAUGCCUAAAUUCAGAGGCCUGAAGGGACCAAAUGUUGACAUUAAUGGCGCUAUAGAGGGACCAGAUCUGAACUUGUCAUCUUCCAAACUCAAGGGUCCCAAAGCAAACCUCAACAUUCCAGAUGCUGAUAUUGACAGUCCAUCAGGAAAAUUCAGAAUGCCAACUUUCAAGAUGCCAGAUUUAGGUUUAUCUGGACCAAAAGUUAAGGGGCCUGACUUGGAUCUUUCAGCCCCCAAGUUUAAAGGGGGAAUUAGUCACCCAGAUUUGGAUCUGCCAGAUGUUGACCUCAAAGGCCCCAAAUUAGACCUCAAUGCACCAGAUGUAAACUUUAAUAUGCCCUCAGGUAAUGUCAAAGUACCUACAUUGAAUAAACCAAAGGUUCAUCUGAAUGCUCCUGAUCUGGACAUUGAUGGCCCCUCUGGUAAACUGAAAAUGCCCAAAUUUGGGCUGUCUGGUAAAAUGCCAAAAUCCACAAAACUGAAUCUCAAAGCCCCAAAGCUAAAGGGGGGAAUUGAUUCCCCAGACCUGAAUUUCCCAGAUGCUGACCUCAAAGCCCCUAAACUAGACAUGACUGCUCCAGAUAUUGACAUCAAUGCACCUUCUGGGAAAUUCAAAAUGCCCAAAUUUAAAAUGCCUAAAUUCAGGGGCCUAAAGAGACCAGAUGUUGACAUUGAUGGAGACUUAGAGGGCCCAGAUAUAGAUAUCAAUGCCCCCACAGCUAACCUCAAAGGUCCCAAAACAGGUCUAAAAAUGCCUGAUUUGAAGAUGCCUGAUUUCGGGCUAUCUGGGCCAAAUGUAGAUGCACCUGGUUAUGACUUAACUGAUACUGAUCUCUCAGCCCCAACGCUAAAAGGGGGAAUCAGUCCCCCAGAUUUGAGGCUACCUAAGGAUCAUCUCAGACGGCCCAAACUAGACCUCAAUGCUCCAGAUAUGCCCUCAGGUAGAUUCAGAGUUCCAACCAUAGAAAGGCCAAAUGGUAGCAUCAAAGCCCCUGGUUUUGACAUCAGCACUCCUACAUUCAAAAUGCCCGAAAUGCCUAAAUUUAUGUUGUCUAGUUCAAAAAGACCAGAUCAAGACAUAAGUGCUGACAUAGGUUUGAAAUUGUCAAAGAUGAAAGGUGGGAUUGGUUCACCAGACCUGGACCUACCUACAGUUGACCUAGAAGCCCCUAACAUGGAUUUAAACACUCCAGAUAUGAACAUUGAUUCACCUUCUGGGAAUUUCAAAAUGCCCCACCUCAAAAUGCCUAAAUUCAGCCUUUCUGGUCUGAAUGGUCCAGAUGCUGGAAUAGAUGGAGACAUUGAUGGACCGGACCUGAGCUUGUCAACCCUGAAAGUAAACACAGGGAUCGGUUGUCCAGAUUUAGACAUAAAUGUUCCCUCUGGUAACCUCAAAGGCCCCCAAGCUGAUCUCAAUUUGCCAGACAGUGACAUUGCUAUACAAUCUCGAAAAUUCAAACUGCAAUCCUUUAAAUUGCCUCAGUAUGGAAAUCCCAAUCUAAGGGCAGGUACAGAUAUGGACUUUAUGAAAACAAAUGACAUUUCUCCUCCAAAGGCUAAAGUGGAUCUAAAAGCACCAGACUUGAAAGUUAGUCACCCAGAUGUCAGCCUGAGUUUACCCAAAGCUGAUAUCAGAGGCCCAGAAUACAAAGUGUCAUCGCAUAGUAAACACAGAUCUGAUAUCCCAGGUGAAGCGCAUAUAAAAUUGCGGACAAUGGACAUAGAUACCGAAGUGACACUGCCACACACUGAUAGGAAGUCUAGGAAGGUCAAAGGAAGGGCCAGUGAUCCCAUUGCAGAUAUAGAAUUGCCAAAAGUUGAGUACAAAGCAUCGGGUUUAGAUCUGCGAAGUUCAGACCUUAACGAUCCCACAGGGAAAUUAAAAAUUCCCAAAUCCAAGACUAAAUUGGGUAGUCAUACAAGAAUACCAGACUAUGAUAUAGACUCAAGUCUUGCCAGUAUUAACGCCUCAGUCCCUAAACUCCCACCCCAAAGGUAUGGAGUAGAGGUUUCACAGCCAGAUUUACAUUUGAGUAGAACUGACCUCAAGGGCAAUAAACAUCAUAGAAAAGCCCCAGCUGGUGAAACUGGCAGAACAAAAAGGAGAAGUCCAAAACAGUCUGAAAUUGGAAUGUCUAUACCAAAUUUUACCCAUGGUUCAAAUCCCAAAAUGUCUGAAGAUAAAGAAGGAUAUUUUGUCACUGCAUUUCCCAAACAUCUCAAAGGGGAUGUACCAGAUGGAACUGGGAGCCUGAAAAAUCGGCACAAGGAAGAGUCAAACCGUAGAUCUCAUACACUCAGAAGUCUCGAUUUCAGUGCAUCAAAUGUGGACCUUGAAGUUCCAGAAGAUGAGACCUUAAAAGGGUCAACAUUCUGGCUUUCAAAGCUUAUAUAGCGUUCAGACAACUGACUAAAUGUAAUUUUAGGCUUGUUUGAAUCACAAUCUUCUGUUGAAACAUAAUGCAGAAAACGUCUGUUACGUAUAAAACAAGCAUCAGAUUAUUUGCACAUAUUUGUACUUUUUUAUUGCCAUUUGUAUUGGCAUUGGCAUUUGUUAUGAACAUGUUGAAAACGAAUGUGUAAAGCUUUCUUUUGUCAAGUGAUUUAAAAAAUGUAUGAAAGGUUUAUGUUCUGCUGAUAAGCUAUUUGAAUGGUAUUUUUACUAUACACUUGCUACAUUGUAAUAAAAUAAAAUGGGAUUUAGUAACUUUUAUAAAA